GAGUACUCAGAAGAAGAGUUUUGCUGGAUAAAUAGAAGGGGGAAGUUUUUAUAUCAAAGCUGAAAAUAACUGACUUCAACUCCUGUUGUCUUUCCCAAUAUUCCAAGUCAUCGUGUGAUUCCCUCACAUUGUUCUCUUGUACUAUUCACUAUCCAAUUCAGCAAUCGCGAAGAUGGGUCCAGACAGGGCAGGGAAGAGUGUUUUCCUGGGAAAUAUACCUUAUAACCUCACUGAGGAGCAGGUUAAAGACAUCCUUAGCACCGCCGGCACCGUCACGAAAUUCCGCUUGAUGAUGAAUCCUGAGACAGGAAAGCCAAAAGGGUAUGGAUUCGCCGAUUUUGCCGAUGCAGAUGCUGCCGCCUCCGCUGUACGCAACCUGAACGACUACGAGAUCAUGGGCCGCAAGAUUCGUGUGGACUGGCCGCACAACAACGAGAAGGACUCUGUGCCCGAAGACUACUCGCAACCGUCGCAAAUGCCAGGUCAGGAUGGGCAGCUUGGAGGUCCGCCGCUUUCUGCACCUCUUCCACCUCUCCCACCCGGCGUCGAGCUGCCCCCGCAUCUAGAUUGCCCGAACGCCAUUUCGCAAACCCUGGCCGCUCUUCCUCCAAACCAGCUCCUUGACGUACUCCAGCAAAUGAAAGCAUUAGCCAUGUCGGAUCCAGCGCGCGCUACAGAACUCCUGCGGCAAGCACCUCAACUCGCGUAUGCGAUUUUCCAGGCACUACUUCUCCUGAACCUCGUCGAUUACAGCACCCUAGGAGCUGUGGUCGAGCAAGCUGCACAGCCCAUGGCACCACCACCUGCUCCUCCUGCUGCCGCAGCGUUCCAGCCAUUCGGCGCAGUUCCAGGACAAGUAUCCACACCGCCAAUGGUUAACACGCCCUUUGCUCAACCACCGCCGCAGCCAACACAGCAGCAGGUUCCGGGACAGGAGGAGCUACUGCAGCAAGUUCUUAAUAUGCCACAGUCGGCCAUUGACGCUCUUCCGCCUAUGGAGCGUAGUCAAAUUAUGCUGCUGCGACAGCAGCUAAUGCAGGGUGGACUGCGGUAAUGGAAUUCGUCCUUUGCUUGGUCGGGCGGUGAUAUCUAUUAUGACUCAUACAUUCGGAUUCAUGGCGUAAACGGUUGCUUGGGGGUCUUACGAUUUGCCUCGGAUGAUACCUGAAAGUUAGCAGACCUCAUGCAUUUAUUGUGUUCUGUAUUAUUCCAUGUCGUUACCUUCUCUCGAGGCAAAUAUACAAAGCU